AUGACCUCUUCCAACAUGAACAUGAACAGCAGGAUCAUCUUCUACGAGGACAGGAACUUCCAGGGCCGCUCCUAUGAGUGCACCAGCGACUGCCCUGACAUGUCCUCCUACCUGAGCAGGUGCCAGUCCUGCAAGGUGGAGAGGGGCUGCUUCAUGGUCUACGACCGCACCAACUUCAUGGGCAACCAGUUCUUCCUGAAGAGGGGCGAGUACGCCGACCACAUGAGCAUGAUGGGCAUGAGUGACUGCAUCAGGUCCUGCCGCCUGAUCCCCAUGCACAGGGGCUCCUACAGGAUGAGGAUCUACGAGAGGGAGAACUUCGGAGGCCAGAUGCACGAGCUGAUGGACGACUGCGACAGUGUCAUGGAGCGCUUCCGCAUGUCCAACUGCAUGUCCUGCAACGUGAUGGAGGGCCACUGGCUGAUGUACGAGCAGCCCAACUUCAGGGGCAGGAUGGCCUACAUGAGACCCGGCGAGUACAGGAACUUCAUGAGCAUGGGCAUGGGCACCGUGAAGUUCAUGAGCAUGAGGCGCAUCACAGACUCCUGCAACUAG